ACUAAUUCCCUUCGUCCACUCCUCGAGAGACAUGACACUCGGAGAGAAAUCUAACCCUUUACUGGGAAGGUUUACUACCCGAAAAACUACAACCAUCAAAUGGCGCCGUUGCCGGGGAGUGGCACGGCAUUAGUUUAAUUUCUUCUGAUUAGCUUGGGUGAAGAUUGGUUAGAACGAUCUUCUUACUUCUUUUCAUCAACCACCCGUAAUAAUUAUUAUGGAUAACUCCAGUGGUUAUUACGGGUCGCCUUCUUUCUACCAAUCACCCAACCGCCUUCCGUAUUAUCCACCUUAUCACCCACAUCAGAACCCAAAUGAUGAUGACUACCAAGUCAACAAUAGGUCUGACUACUAUCCCUACCAUGAGGAACCACCAUAUGAUAUCCCGUCUAGAAACUUUGGAUAUUCUCCAUACCAAGAUUCUGAUGGAGAGAAUUAUUAUGAACCUCAUGGUGAACAAGAUGACUAUGACCAAUCUGGGCCUAUGUGCGACGAUCAAUCUGAUCCGCUCGUCGGAGAGAUCAUAAGAUUAGAACAGAAAAUCUUCUAUUUCGAUGAAGUUUUAUUCGCUGAAGGCUCCUGGUAUGAACCACCUUACUCCCGUGACUACACUCUGUUUGCUGAAGAACAAAUCGAAGCAAACAAGGUGGCAACUCGUGAAAGAGCAAAACUUCUUGAAUUAGUCCGGAAGGAAAGGGAGUUUGAAAGGAGAUUAUGCGAAGAAUCAGAAAGGAUGCAGAAAAUGCUGGACGACUUCCAAAGAGAGAGACUAGAAGCCGAGGCUAAAGCUGAUGAAUUAGUCAAUGAUCUCUGUAAGGCUAUUAAGCUUAAACGCUCCCUCCAAUCUCAAAAUCAAAUGAGGGAGAUUGAUGCUCAAAAAGAGGCUCUAGAACCUAAGACCAACCCUGAACCAUUCAAUCAACAGGUUCUAGUUCUAGAAGAUUCACCCAGUCCUAGCCAAGUCCCAACCAGCAUAGUCGUACAUGAGGUGGAACCAACUGAGGGACCUGACUCAGAACCACCUAUGCUUAUUCAAGAAAAGAAGGAGGAGGAAGUUUUACCUUUGGCAAUAAACGACCAUCUCCUUAAUUGUGUUGAAGACACACCUCCAGAGGAACCUGUUCUAGAGGAAAUAGAGCCCACUACCUACCCCCAAGAUUUCGACAUCCAAGAGUCUAAGGAGGAAUCUAUAGAUGAGGAAAUUCUUUGCACUGAUGAACUAAUUCCGUCUAUAGAAACCUGCGCAAAAAAUGAUUUAUAUGAAGAUUCAGACCAUGCUUUCUUUGAUUCCUUACUUGAUGGGUAUGACUAUGUCUGCCCGAAGGAUGGUUGGAGUCAAGCAAGUUGGGACGAGCUUCUGGUGAGUGAUCAUGACGACUCUUCCAUGGGGGAAAGCACGGUCAUAAUCAUCAAACCACAAUUGGUUAGUCAGUCGAUUGAAGAUAAGGAAGAAAUCAAUUUUGCAAUCAAGGCUAAUGAUGUGGAUCUACGGAGGAGACUUCCGCCACCACCCACCUAUCUACAGUCUCCUCCAUAUAUCCUGUUGCCACCAAGCCGCAAGGAUGAGUCAAGGAUCCUGGACCUUGACCGAGCAACAAAUCAAAUAAGAUGGGAGAACCGUAUGGAAUACCUUGUAGAGGAAGCGAAGAAGAGGUUCUGCACGUGGGGUAAACACAAAGGUGAGCUUUACAUUGGCCAUUGGAGAUUCAAGAAUGCUCUCAUUGGCACUUUCAGUCGCAGGCCUCCAUACCCAGUGAUGAAGAAUUUCUUGCAGAAACUUGGACUUCAAGGAGAGUUCACAGUUGGAAAACUUUCUUCCAAUCAGGUACUCAUUAACUUCCAGCAUGAAGAUGAUUAUCAGCGUAUCUUCCUUAGACAAACCUGGCAAGUUGGGGGUCAAAUAAUGGUUGUUACCAAAUGGACUCAUGAUCACAAGGAGGGGGUGGACUGUCCCAUUGUUCCUGUAUGGGUUUCUUGUCCUAACCUCCCUAUUUUCCUGCAUGAUCAAAGAGCUCUUUUCAACAUUGCAUCCUCUUUGGGUAGGCCUCUCAAAGUGGAUGAGAGCACAUUAAACUUCACAAGACCAGUUUUGGCUAGGUUCUGUGUGGAGGUGAAUGUCUCUAAUCCAUUACCUGCCAAGAUGCACAUCAGAUUAGAACAGCUGCAGAAAGAUGAAGGAUCCAACCCAGAACUCUCAUGUUCACAAACCGGCUCAANUUCAAUCAAUGACUCAGAUGGAUUGUGUCAUAUCAUGGCUGAUUCUCUCUCUAAAAAUCCGGCCACCGGAAAACCGCCGGAUACUCUUAAUCGUCUAUUCUCAGAGGUGGUUUCGGAUGAUUACAGCGGAAAAAAACUGGAGGGUAAAGCAACUGGUUUCUUUAAAGGCAUUCCCUCGGUUAGCUUCACACAGGAAGACAUUGCGGAGCUCUCCUCCCGUUUUAAGCUCGCACUGGUGGCAAAGUUUCUGAGGCGUCCCUCUUUCACUUCCAUGACCAAAUUUCUGCAGAAGUUGGGUCUCAGAGGUAGCUUUGAUCUCACAGUUCUCUCACCCCACAGAUUUCUGAUCAAUUUACAGGAAGAGGAGGAUUAUCUUCGUCUAUUUCUUCGAAGGUCAUGGCUGGUUUUUGGUUACACUAUGACCCUGUCUAAAUGGAGUCCCUCUCUGUCCCAUGAAAUGGAAAAUCCAGUCAUGCCUAUCUGGAUUGCUUUUCCAAAUCUCCCCAUCCAUCUUCAUGAUAAGAGAGCUCUCCAUCUUAUCUCCUCUUCCAUAGGCACCCCUCUGAAAGUUGAUUCCAACACUCUAAAUUUCUCUCGGCCGGGCUUGGCAAGAUGUUGUGUGGAGGUGGAUAUCUCUAACCUCCCUCCGGCGAAGGUCCUCAUUAAUCAUGGGGGAGAGGAGCUUAUUUUCCCUUUCUACUUCGAAAAUGUUCCCCUUUUCUGUAAGACGUGCAAAAAAACAGGUCACACUCUUGAGACCUGCGCUCAUCAGAAAAUUCCACCGGAGAAGGAUAAUCAUAAGAGCGAGGCAUUUUCAGAGAAGGGUGCUAGGGACAACCAGGUACAGGCCAAAGAGGAUAAAAUUGCUGAACAAUGGCAACAGGUUGUUUCCAAAAAGGGUAAGGACAAAUUGCCAGUUAAUGGGGCAGGGAAGUUAGAAUGGCGGGCCAAACCUGCACCAAUUAUUCCUACUUGGAAAGAAGGGCGAGGUGAGUCCUCCAAUAGCCAAGCAAAGCCUCCUGUUUCCCCUGGGACUCCCCAGGCCACCAUUAUUUUUCCUUAUGCAACUACAAAUACAAAUAAAGCAGACCAUAAGAAGGCUGGGACCUACUCCAUUUCAGACCCCUCUAUCCUCUCAGCCUUCACUUUACGUCAUCUUGAUGAAAACGUGGUUAGGGCUCCCAUUCUGUAUGAAGUCCCAGAUAUAAUUGACAAUAGCCUAGCCAUAGUCCCCUUUGAAGGAUUUGCUCUUCCAGAGGAUGAUGUACCAGACGUUGGUUUCUUCAAGGAGCCAGAAGUUAUUGACGAUCAACUAAAACAACUGGAUUCCCUCCUCUCCAGGGAGGACUUCCCUCCUUUAAAGGAUUCUAUCUCCCAGAGCCCCAAGGAUUUCAGCUCUCGAACUAAGGCAGUGAUUGAGGAUGAACAGAUCCUCUCUUGCUGCUUUAAUCAUCUUGGCUCCUCCUCUUCACUCUGGAUCUCUAGUGUUUAUGGUAGGCACACCAGGGCUGAUAGAGUUGGGCUUUGGAACUCUAUGGGAAACCUCCAUCCUAUUCAGGGCCCUUGGAUCAUCGGUGGGGACUUUAACACUGUGGCCUCCAUUACUGAACACAAAGGGGCAGUCUGCCCUGACCUUGGUAGUAAGGAUGAUUUCAAUAAGGCCAUUGCUGAUUGUGACCUUAUCUCCCCUUCCUUUUUUGGUAGCCAAUUCACUUGGUUUGGUAAUAGGGGGAGAGGGAGAGUGUGUAGAAGACUUGAAAGAAUCCUUAUCAAUGAGGUUUGUUUGGAUCUGUUUCAUACUAUUGAAGUUAAACACCUGGGAAGGGGGAACUCUGACCACAGGCCAUUAUUUUUAAAUUGUCUUCUUAGCUCAAGGACUGGCCCAAAGCCUUUCAAAUUCCUGAAUGUCUGGAGCUCCCAUCCUACUUUUAGAAACCUUCUUAUUUCCUCUUGGGACAAAACCUAUCAUGGUGGGGGUAUGAGAUGGUUAGUUUGCAAGCUUUCAAACUUCAAAGCCACCCUUCUCACUUGGAAUAAAGAAACAUUUGGGAACCUCUUCCAGGAUGUUAAAGAUGCUGAAAAACGGGCAGAACAAGCAGAAGAAAAACUUGAACAAGAGGACUCACAAAUAAACCUACUGGAAUUCAAACUUGCCACAGCCCUCCUCCAACAAGCCCUAAAAAAAGAGGAGAGUUUUUGGGCUCAAAAGGCAAAUAUAAGGUGGAUCUCACAAGGGGAUGCCUCUACAGCUUUCUUUCACUCUUUUGUUAAAGGAAGGAGGCAUAGAUUGUGUAUCUCCUCUCUUAAAGAUGAUAAUGGGAAAUUGCACAAUACAUUGGAGGGGAUCUCUAAAGUGGCAGUGGACCACUACUCAAGGGUUUUCUCCACUGUUCAUGAGGGGGAUAUGGGACAAAUCCUGGAUCACAUCCCUAACUGUGCAUCUCCCCAGGACAACAGUUUGCUCAGGUCAAUCCCAGAUGAGGAGGAAAUCAGGAGAACAAUUUGGUCCUUAAAUGCCAAUAGCACUGCUGGUCCAGAUGGUUUUAAUGGUUUUUUCUUUAGGGAUUCCUGGGAUAUUAUCAAAAUUGAUGUUUGUAGGGCAGUUCAGGAAUUCUUUGUGGGCAUCCCGAUGCCAAAAGCUUUUGGUAGCACUCUUAUUACCCUGAUCCCUAAGCAGGAAGGCUCCAUUACCUUGGACCAGUUUUGUCGCAUCUCCUUGUCAACCUUCUUUAGCAAAAUCAUUUCCAGGCUGUUAAGUGAGAGGCUCAAAAUAAUCAUUCCUAAACUAAUCUCCCAGGAACAAGCAGCAUUCCAGGUUGGUAAAAACAUUACUGAACAUGUUCUCAUGGUAAAAGAAAUGGUCCACAUUCUCUCAGCUAAAGGGAGAGGGGGAAACUGCAUCAUUAAGCUGGAUUUAUCAAAGGCUUUUGACAAACUCUCCUGGACUUAUUUGGAUGCCGUGCUAACCAAAUUUGGUUUUAGCCCACCUGUUGUUCAUCUUUUAAUGGGUAACCUUAGGGAAACUCACUUCUCUGUAUUGGUAAAUGGCCAGCCACAUGGUUUUUUCCCCAUGAAAUGUGGAGUUAAGCAGGGAGACCCCCUCUCCCCUCUUCUCUUCAUCAUUGCCUUGGAAGGUCUGUCCAGGUUCUUAAAUCAUCAUUUCUCCCGCGGAUAUAUUUCACAAUUCUCAGCUGGAAGAAACCCCACACCAUGCCAUCUUCUUUGUGCUGAUGACAUUAUCCUUUUCACCAAAGCAGACAGCAGGAAUCUAUUGAGACUUAGGGAACUUCUCUCCCUUUUCAUGAAGGCAUCAGGACAGGAAAUAAAUUACUCCAAAAGCCAAGUUAUAGUCCAUGAAAGAAUGAAGGCUGAGCAGCAAAACCAGAUCAGAAAAAUCCUAUCCAUCAGGGGGAGGUGGGGGAGGGUUGGGACUGGUUGGGCCUUGAGAAUUGGGCUCAGGGGGGCUGGGCUGGCUUUGCCGUGGGCUGGGGCUGGGCGACGCGGCUGUGUCGCUGGGCUGGUGGGGAAAGAUGUUGGGUGGGCUGGAUGUGGGUUGGGGCUGGGCCGAGGGGAAGAGGGGGGGCUGUGUUGGNNGUGGGUGGGGUGUGGGGAGGGGGUUGGUGGGUGGGGUGGGGUGGGGCAUCCUCCGUGGUGUCAAGGAAGUUAAAAUCGUCGGCGGAAGGGUGAUGUU